UUACUUUUAGUUAUGAGUGGUGCUAAAGCAGGUGUGAAAAGAAGAAAGCAAACAUUUACUAGUGAAGAACUCACGGAAUUGCCCAAAAAUGUAGGUAGGCCAAUUCAAGUUUACAUACUGUGAUGGAUUUGAUAAUAGUUGUACAGUAGGUAGCCUACCAACUCUUUAUCUUAAAUACUUAAAUAAUCAUGUUAUACGAAAAUGCCACAAUUUUUAAGGAAGAAGUCAGGAAAAUCCUUUCCAGUUAAAGUGUGUACAUUAGAUGCUGAGUUGGAGUUCAACUUAGAAUGGCGAGCUACAGGAAGAGAUUUGUUCGAUUUAGUUUGUCGAACUAUUGGCCUGCGGGAAACAUGGUAUUUUGGGCUUCAGUAUGAAGAUUCUAAAGGCUUUAUAUCUUGGCUGAAGUUAGAUAAAAAGGUUCAAGAUCAGGCCAUUUUCCAGCAACCGGGAACUACGGCAUUUAUGUUCCUAGCUAAAUUUUACCCCGAAGAUGUCGGUGAGGAGCUUGUACAAGAAGUAACACAGCACCUGUUUUUUCUUCAAGUUAAACAAGCUAUUUUAUCUAUGGACAUUUAUUGCCCCCCUGAAGCUUCAGUCCUUCUUGCCUCAUAUGCAGUACAAGCAAAAUAUGGUGAUUAUGAUGAUACAACUUACAAGCCUGGAAUGUUAGCAAGUGAAGAUCUUCUUCCUCAACGAGUAAUUGACCAAUACCAGAUGACACCUGAAAUGUGGGAGGAUAGAAUUAAAAUUUGGUACGCAGAUCAUCGGGGUAUGUCAAGAGAUGAAGCAGAAAUGGAAUACUUAAAAAUAGCCCAAGACCUGGAUAUGUAUGGUGUAAAUUAUUUUCCAAUUAGUAAUAAGAAAGAUACUGAUCUCUGGCUAGGGGUAACUGCAUUAGGCUUGAAUAUGUAUGAAAAAGAAAACAAACUGACUCCUAAAACCAGUUUUCCAUGGUCUGAAAUUCGCCAUGUUAGUUUUGAUGAGAAGAAAUUCACAAUAAAACCUGUUGAUAAAUCAGCACCUAAUUGUGUUUUCUUUUCACGCAAAGUAAGGAUGAACAAACUAAUUUUGGAUUUAUGUAUAGGCAAUCAUGAUCUAUUUAUGAGAAGAAGAAAACCUGAUUCAAUGGAGGUACAGCAAAUGAAAACACAAGCAAAAGAAGAAAAAACCCGUAGGCAAAUAGAACGAAACAAAUUGGCACGUGAAAAACAACUAAGAGAAACAGCUGAAAGAGAAAAAGCAGCUAUGGAACAAAGGCUGUUGCAAUACCAAGAAGAAAUUCGUUUAGCAAAUGAAGCUCUGCGGAGGUCUGAAGAAACUGCUGAAUUACUAGCUGAGAAAUCGAGAGUGGCUGAAGAAGAAGCUAUGCUCUUGAGUCAAAAAGCAGCAGAAGCUGAACAAGAAAUCACCCGAAUACGCUUAACAGCUCUUAAGACUGAAGAAGAAAAAGUAUAUUUAGAACGUAAAACAAGAGAAGCUGAACAGUUAACUGCUCGGUUGGUUGAUGAGUCCGAGAGGCGUGCAGCCGAGGCAAACCGCUUAAAGGAUGAGCUUCUUCGUGCAAGACUUGCUGAGAAACAAGCUAAAGAAAAACUUCUCGAGUUUCUCUCUAGAAAUGCGUAUAUUUCAUCAAGUCUGUCAAAUCUGUACCCAGAGCCCGUUCUAUCCCCUCCAGAUGACAACAUGUGUAACAAUGACGGAAUUGGUAGUCUCUACAAUCCUACUACUAUUCUUGACUUGCAGGCACUACAACUGAAUCCUAAACCAUCACUCUCUACCACUGAUAUUUCAUCUUUUGAUCUUAUCGGUUUACCAGAUAAUGAUAUGAAACAGCUAUCGCUUGAAAUUGAAAAAGAACGAGUAGAGUAUUUAGAAAAAAGUAAACAUCUACAAAACCAAUUGAGGGACCUGCGCACGGAAAUAGAAGUCUUAAAAGUUGGGGAAAAGCAAAGUGAAUUAGACGCUCUUCAUAACGAGCAAGUCAGAAUGGGUGAAACUAAGUAUUCUACUUUGAAAAAAGUUAAAUCUGGUUCUACCAAAGCAAGAGUUGCAUUUUUUGAGGAACUGUAAACAAUAUUUCCAUGCACUUAGUGAAAUUUGAUGCUUCAUCCUACUACACUUCCAAAAAAGUUGGUCACUUUGGACAAGAAUCCAGGCGUACCUUUGUUGAAGACUUGAAGCUUUCAUACAAACGUUUUUUAAUGAGUUACAAAGAUAAUUUUACCAACAGGUCUAAACCCUGUCUCAGGUUAAGUAAGUCGAGGCAGACUACCUUACCAGGGUAGGACAAGACAAUGUCCAGUCAUGCGAGUAAAUCUCAUUAGUCAAUAGUCAUACCUCAAGACAACAUUUUAAAGUGGAAAUGCGAAAAUAAUAUUAAAAUAUGAUCCAUUCUUUAUUUGAAAAUUGCAUUGUGAGUUAUAGGUAAUAAGAGAAAAAAUAAUUGUGUCUGCGCCAUGUAAAUUGGUCAACUUAAACUUUUUAAAUUAACUGCAUAUACUUUAAGACGGCCUAUUUACAUUGGACAAACAUACAAUUGUAAGUUUUAUGAUGACUUGGAAAACAGUAUCUGUUUUUUUCUCUCUUUUUUUAAAUAACAAAUUAGCAAAAUGUUUAAACAAAUGCAUUACAUUUCUUCUCUUUAACUUCAUUGAGCCUGCCUUAACUUUACCUGAGACAGGAUAAGGUAAAAUCAUUUCCUCUGUUAAAGCGUGUGCACGAUUUGUUUAUUUUUAACUGAAGUACUGUUCUAUAAUGUUGUUUGAGUGAAACAUUUUAAUAAACAUUUUCAAGAUCUUCCUGUUCAGGUGAAUAAUUAUGGUAUUUCAAUUCUACAGACAAAUAUUUAGAUAAAUAUUUAAAAGACCAAAGUGUUGCUCAUAUUCUUCUAAAUAUUAUUAUUAUAAGCCUACUGCAACUUGUUAUCUUGCUUGUUGUUUGUAAAUACCUGCUUGUUAGAUUCAUGAGGACACGUUUUUAGAGCUUUGUAUUCCAAAAUUUCAGCUUCAUUAUUAUAUUUUUGCUUUAUCAUUAUCUUAUUGUAUCUUUGUGUUCUAGUUUUGUUGAUAUAGUGUUUAACAAACAAAAUCAAAUCUAGGGAAUGUGUAUAUUGUAGUUAAGGUAUAAUAUAAAAUAUUUUUAGCACAGAUUAAGUGUACUCUCUAUUAGAUUCCUCAUCUUUAUCGCCCAGCUGUGUAAUUUUGAAUUAAGUUUGAUGCUCAUUGAAGUCAGAGUUAGCUGAUGUCAUUAUCUAUUUUGUCCUGGUUCUAUGAAUUAGUUAUCUGUUUUAGAAAACAAUCUACUCUUCCAUCCCAAAGUCAUCAAUUUCUCCAACAAUUGUAAAUACCAACUUUUCUAAACCAGAACAUGAGUCAGUCAAUAGUAACACAUUCCUGUUUUACAAGUAAUCAAAGCUAACUUCAAAUGUUACAAUAAUUGUGGUAAUUUUCUGUGUCUAUUUUCAGUGAUAAUAGAUGUUUUAAGUCUUUAAGCUUUAUAUUGGGCUACCAUGGACUGUUGAAAUCAAAGGUACAUGCUAGCUUUGGAAUUCUUUUGCCUACACAUUUGCAACUGUUUAUUUCAAGGUUAGUUAUAAAUUUUGUUAGUUCGAGAUACAAAGUUAGAGUUCAACACUUUUCCUCCAUAAAUUUUUUCUUCAAGUUUAUUAAAUACUUUAAAACUAUAUUUUAUCAAAAAGUUUAAGAAAUGCAUGUUAUAUCAAAAUUCAUACGUCUGAGUUUGGUAAUGUAGGCCUAUAUAUUAAUAUAGCAGUGGUUAAUGAAGUUGUAUUGUACGGUACUUAAAUACAAAAAAUAACAUUUUAUUAUAAAUUGUAAUGUUUGUAUCUACAUUUUCCCCCCUAAUAAAAAUUGGUUUUGCUGCUUCAUGGUAGCCCCAGUCAUUUGCAUUAAAGGCUGCAAGUUUAGUAAAGUCAUACAAGUAAGUAGACAAUUCUGACAAAUUGUAUAAGGCUGUGUCAGUUUUAAGAUUAUGAUGGGUGCCUGAGUAGGUUUAUAAUAUGUUGUAUAUUUGAAUGUAUGAAUUUAGUUCCUAAUGCAAUCAUAUUCCCCACAUAGAAGUAGAGAAAAUAGUUUAGUCUAAUCAAGUUAGAAACUCGUUGACUCAUAGACUUUUUGUUUUUUAUUUUAAUUUUUGGUUCAGUUAUUUUUAAAUAAUACAGUUGAGUACCGUUAAUCAGCGUUACUUGGUAAGAAUUUUAAUUGUAGAAUCGAUUUUACUUGUGCUUUAAUGAAAGUAUUUGGGAAAUAUUAAUGUUUUCAAUCCAAAUUCCUAUUUACGGAAUUUUGACAAAAAAGGUAUAACAUACACUUUAAAUGUUUUUAAUGGAUUGGUGUUUACAAAUUAUAAUUUUAGACAAGUAAAUUUAUGUAGCCUACUCAUGUUUAUAAACUUUAUUUUUUACAAUGAAUGGACAGUUGUACAAAGUCUGUGGGUACAUUAUCUAAGUCUAAUGUUUUGUGUGAUUUGGAUUAACAAAAUAUUUACUGUAUUGCAGAAUAACCUACAUUAUAAGGCCCUCUAGAUCAAGGUAAUUUUUGUCAUUCCCUUGAACAUGCCAUAAAAUUUAAAAAUUUACAUCUGUACUAUUCUACAAGCUCAAUAAAAUCUCUAUCCAAACAUUUUGACAUUUCCUAAAAUAAUCUCAAGAGUUUUAAGUAAGCAUUAACAUUGUCUGCAUUACUUCAUUGUCAAGAUAUUUUAUAUGACAACUUCAAUAAUAAUAAAAUGUAUUGGGUAUUUCACCCAUAUCUCUUAGGCACAAACUUACAGCUGUUUGAAUAUUGCACAAAAAGGUAUGGAUUAAAUUACCUUUAGCAAAUGUAUUUAUUUUAAUUUGUGUCCUUUUACAAUACUUAUAUUAAUUUUCAAAUCCAAUCCACAAGGCUGUAACUUAAUUAUAAAUAUGCCGAUUUAAAUAUUCAGGUAAAAAAGAAUCCUUGUUGCGCUUAAAAGCUAGAUUAAUAAAGAAGGUUUUAUUGACCUAGUAAUUUGUUCACUAAUAAAGUAAUGAUAAAAGUGCCUGUAUCAAAAAAUGUUAAGAGUUUUUUCUUAGUGCCUUAAAUUGUAUUGCCCUUUAGUGCUUUAUGAAGAUAAACAGUAAAAAAUGUCCUUAGUGUUUGGACUGUUCAUGCGCUUUAGUUAACAUGAAUUAUAUCAGGGGUCUCCAAACGUUGUCACACAAGGGCCAGAUUUUAAUAUUUUGGAGUCCAGUCGAGCCAUGAUUACCUAUGGGUUUGGGGGUAUGGAAUAGGGAGAGGGGGGUCCUCCCUUGGAAGUUUUUGCAAAACUAUUUGCAAAGUCAACAUUUUAAGCACUUUGACGAAGAAAAAGUUUUUAUCUCUUGCAAUCUGAAAAGGGGGGUUUAAGUGCAAAACUCCCUUUUCGGAUACCGGUAGGAAUAAUUUGAUGGUUAGUUUUUUUUUUGUUAGUUUUUAGUUAGUUUUUAUUUUCUGUUGGUUUAUAAAAAAAUCUGGAAGCAUAGUAAAAUAAUUCAGAAAAUACCUAACAUAUAAUACUUGAAAGUUAUUCUGUAGUGAGAUAUCCGUCAUCACUAUAAUAAAAUGUGCAAAACAACCACUACAAACAAAUAAUUGUAUCAAAUAAAAUUUAUUUUUUUUAUUUUUAAAUGGUUGGCCAUACAAUUUUGUUUUAGAUAGAGACAUAUUGGAAAAUAGGACCUGAAAAUACGGCUAAAAUCAUAUCACACAUCGCUCAUGUCAACGCGAGCUGCAGUUUGGAGACCCCUGAUUUAUAUUAUUAGUAUGUUUUACUUUGAUGAUAAUUAAUAUAACCAAGCUUUGUUAAUUUGUAUUUAUUUUUAAAUGUAGUUGGUGACUUGACUCUGAUUAUACCCCUUAGCUAUUGUUCAACUAUUUGUAACAGGUUACUUUUUAUUUUUAAUAUCCUAUCAAUAUUAUUUCUAACAUAAGUAACUUACCUGUUUUCAUAAUAGAGUUCUGAAAAUAUAUUUUUUUAUCUUUUAGUGGCUAAGCCAGAAAAGUUCCUUAUACUCAAAACUCAAGAAUAAUGUUAACACUUUAUUGUAGUACACUCUGUUAUUUAAAUAAUACAUCAUGUUUAUAAGCUAUCCAAUUCAAAAUGUUACGUGUUGAUUUUGUUUUCUUAAUUUAAAAUGUUGAAAUAUUUAUGGUAAAAGUUUAUGUAAAUAUUUUUUUCAGAGAGCAUGUCCUUUAUUUUUUUGUAA